UCAUCGGAAAGAAUGAGAGGGGCUGGAGGACCUGAUUUAAAACUAUGAGAUUAUGACCUGGUGUUUUUUUUAUAAAAGACAGACGACAGCGAUCCGUCUCGAUCGCUCUUGGGUUUCUCUGCGGACCGAGGUGUAUGAAGAGCGGCGCAGAACACGGCGUUUUACCUUGAGAAGGUAGCGAAUGAAGGGAAAGUAGAAAAGGGGGCUGUUGCUGGAUAUUUGGAGAAGGAAAACAAUAUGGCCGCUGUGGAGCUGGAGUGGAUCCCUGAGACCCUGUACAACACCGCUAUAUCAGCCGUAGUGGAUAAUUACAGUCGGUCGCGACGGGACAUACGUUUACUUCCCGAAAAUAUCCAAUUUGAUGUCUACUACAAGCUUUACCAGCAAGGCCGGCUUUGCCAGCUGGGAGGGGAGUUCUGUGAGCUUGAGGUCUUUGCUAAAGUCCUCAGAGCGUCUGACAAAAGGCACCUCCUACAUCACUGUUUCCAGGCACUAAUGGACCAUGGCGUGAAAGUGGCAUCAAUCCUGGCCAACUCUUUCAGCCGUAGAUGCUCGUAUAUUGCCGAGUCAGACGCUCACGUUAAAGAGAAAGCCAUCCAAUUCGGCUUUGUUUUAGGUGGCUUUCUGUCAGAUGCUGGUUGGUAUGGGGAUGCAGAAAAGGUCUUCCUCUCAUGUCUCCAGUUGUGUAUGUUACAUGAUGAGAUUCUGCACUGGUAUCGUGCACUGGAGUGCUGUGUGAGAUUGCUUCACGUGCGCAAUGGCAACUGCAAAUAUCACCUGGGAGAAGAGACGUUCAAACUGGCCCAGUCGUACAUGGAUAAGCUAGCCAAACACAGUCACCAUGCCAACAAGGCUGCCCUUUAUGGAGAACUGUGUGCUCUGCUUUUUGCCAAAAGCCACUAUGACGAGGCUUACCGCUGGUGUAUAGAGGCUAUAAAGGAGAUCACUGUUGGGCUGCCUGUGAAAGUGGUGGUUGAUGUCCUGAGACAAGCCUCUAAGGCAUGUGUUGUUAAAAGGGAGUUCAGGAAAGCUGAGCAGCUGAUAAAACAUGCAGUAUUUCUAGCACGGGAACAUUUUGGACAGAAGCACCCAAAGUACUCUGAUACGCUGCUAGAUUAUGGAUUUUAUCUUCUAAAUGUGGAUAACAUUUGCCAGUCUGUCGCCAUAUAUCAGACUGCUCUGGAUAUUCGUCAGUCUGUGUUUGGAGGGAAAAAUAUCCAUGUGGCCACGGCACACGAGGACUUGGCAUACUCCUCUUAUGUGCACCAGUACAGCUCUGGAAAAUUUGACAAUGCACUAUUUCAUGCAGAACGGGCCAUAGACAUCAUAACUCACAUUCUCCCUGAGGAUCAUCUACUACUGGCCUCUUCCAAGAGGGUGAAAGCACUGAUUCUGGAGGAAAUUGCCAUAGACUGCCAUAAUAAAGAAACAGAAGAGCGCCUUCUGCAGGAGGCCCAUGACCUGCACCUCUCCUCCCUCCAGCUGGCCAAAAAAGCCUUUGGAGAGUUUAACGUCCAGACGGCGAAACAUUACGGCAACCUGGGACGUCUGUAUCAGUCUAUGCGCAAGUUUAAGGAAGCUGAGGAGAUGCACAUCAAGGCCAUCCAAAUCAAAGAGCAGUUACUGGGACAGGAGGACUACGAAGUGGCGCUGUCUGUGGGACACUUGGCUUCCCUUUACAACUACGACAUGAACCAGUACGACGACGCUGAACGGCUCUACCUUCGUUCCAUCGCCAUCGGUAAGAAGCUGUUUGGAGAGGGCUACAGUGGACUGGAAUAUGAUUACAGAGGUUUGAUCAAGCUUUAUAACUCUGUGGGGAAUUACGAGAAAGUGUUUGAGUACCACAACAUCCUGUCCAACUGGAACCGUUUGAGGGACAGGCAGUUCGCAGUGGCCGACGCCCUAGAGGACGUCAACACCAGCCCGCAGGCCACGGACGAAGUAGUGCAGUCCUUUCUGCUAUCAAACAGCCAUGCUGUGGGACGUUCCUGUAUGGGUUAAACUACAGGACCUCGUGGUUUUCAUUCCACACACCUAUACUCACCUGCAUUCUCACUCAUCUGGAUUUAUUCACACCUAAUCACACACAGCAGCUAGGGGGACUGGACCGUAAAGCUGCAAGAUCACCCAAGUAAACAGGUCACACCGUCCUGUUAUUCACCUGAGCACUGGUGAAAAGACAUGGCAUCUCUACCAAUGCAAACUCAUCCAGUGGCAAAGCAGCCUUCUGAUGACACCAAGUUCAUAUUCCUGAAACGGAUUUUAAGACUUCAGAGGACCUGAUUAUUUAUCUGACUUCCUAAAAAAGGAGAGCGGAAAAUUGGAAGAAACAAAGACAGAAGCUUAUUAGUUUUACAAUUCAAAAUAUAAAAUGUCUGCUUUUUGGUUUUGUUUAUUUGGGUGAGGGUGGGUAGGGUUGGGCUAGCUGAAGUAUUGCUCUACACAUGUAUAUCGUGCACAUUGUCAGAGUGCACAACGAGGCAGGCUGGACAGACGGAGGCGUCACUUUCUCGAGACAAGUGAAGGACACGUGUGCAUCACAUAUGCUUGUGUUUAAGUUCUUUAUGAAGUUUGCCACUUUUCACAAUGCAGGGCCCUGCAUUAAUGCUCACCCAUUUAUUCCAUUUUGGCAAGUUUGAGGAAACCUGUGUUACAAAUUGAAUUGUUUCUGGUUUCUUUUCCCUUCAUGCCAUGAUGAUAGGAAUGGACAUUAUGGACCAGUGAAUUCCUUAUUGCUGUUCAUGCAGCAUUUUUUUUUGUAUCCUUGCAUAUUAGUACUGAUAUAGUUUCAUUUAAAAAUGCCAAUAAUUUAUAUAUAUAUGAAGUGUGCUAUACUCUUCUAUGUGUCUGAUUGCAAGUGGAUGAGCCAAUAUGACUGAUUAAACUGAUGGUGAGAACAUGGCUGCCAAUAUGAGUGAGUAGAGGGGGAGAGGACACAAACAGCCGAGCAACAUAUAAACACAAGUGACGCACACGUGUGUCAUGUGACCCGCUCUAAUCGAUCAUUAUUAUUAUCCUUUCCAUUCAGACUUGCACUGAUUAAGGCCUGUUGCCCUGUAACCAGCUUUGUGAAGUGGCUCCACUACAUAGGGACCGCUUGUGUUUAAAGUGUAGGGUUGUUGUGAAAUGAUGAGCAUUGUCAUGGAGGCAGACUGAGUCAAGAUGUACCAUGCACAUGAUGGCUGCAAUCUCAUCCCACACUCCUGAUUUAAUUAAGGCAAUUUGAUUCCUUAUUGCUUAUUAUUAAUGACCUCUCUCCACUUGUUGUGAAACUAAAGAUGUCUGGUGAAGCUUUAAACAAGGUUUACAGAGAAGCAUUUGUUACUUGAUCAUUUGUUAACUGAGGCAGUAUUCGCAAACACAACUUUCCAAAUCACACAUUCAUACAUAUGAUUGUGUUAUAUUCUUUAGGACUAUUGUUAUAAAUGAUGUGGGGAUUUCUUUUAUCUUAGGUGACAAUAUCAGAUUGUGAAGUCUAAUGUAUGUGUGUGAGUGUGAAAAUAUAUAACAAUAGUAAAUGCAGACUGUUGCCUUGGUAUAUGUGGAGUGCUUUAGAAGGUACUGAUGCUGUCCUGUUGCAGUGAAGACCCUGCACUAAAUCCAAGCCUUAGCCUUAAAGGAUGCUCGGCUGGUGGUGCUCUGGCUUUCUCAGCCCAUAUGCUUGCUUCAGGCCCUGCCGUGAAAUUAGUACACUAUCUGUCUUCUAGCUCUCACAUUCCACAUGUGAGUGUACUGAAGUUACCCGUUAUACUGUUGAAAAUCUGAUUUCAACACACUGCAGAUGACGCAUAAAGGGAAUAUGAAUUGUGUUAAUGCCUUGUUUACACAGAUAAAAUUGUAUUAUUGAAAUAUUACAAUAAAAAGAACCUGUGAUCCUGA